CGGAUGUGAAACUACGACGGACUCGCGCUACGGAGCAGCGACGGCAAGGCACGCCAAGUAAAAUAGACAAACGACGACAGAGAGAUAGGAGUUUCAUUGAAGUUGCCAGCAGUCGCGCAUCGGCUCGCGCGAAACAGCGAAUCACUGAAGGCUGGUAACCAGCAUCGGAGAGGCCUCAGACAUCGACUACCAAAGGCGUGCAAUCAACAUGAGCUGUCCGAGAUAUUUUAGAGAUAAGUCUUCUGGUCAUGAUCUCGAAGCUGCUAAAUGAGGUAUACUCGUUGGAUAUGUCCGCUCUCCUUUCCAUCCUUCCGAGUCAACCAUCGACACGUCGACUUGCAUAGUAGAUUUAUCGUAAAAAUAAUGUCUGGCUCCGAGAGCGCACACCGCCAUAUUUCGCUCUCGCCGCCUCCUGCGAAACGGUCCCCACCGGAAACCUCUGUAGACGUCCCUUUAAAGAGAGUGAAAUCAACUCAUGACGCCACCGCCGCCGAUGACGACGGAAAUAUUGCAGGACAAACCGAUACACCGAGUCUUUCCUUCGAUCAGAAAGUAGCGGAGGAUGGAAACGCGGAACCUCGUAGAGGAAAACGCGACGCAGCAGGGUAUCCCAAAUCGCGAAAGGGAAAGUCGAAGGACAAGCGGAAUGUCGGUCCUCGUCGACGGGGCACGCGCAGUGAAAGAACUCAGCAACAAGCAGACGAUGAUAAUAAUGAUGAUGCAGCAUCACCACAAGCAGUUGAACAGGAAGGACAAAAAAUAAAACCACUAAGGCUGCCGAAACGCCAGACAGCCCUGCUACUCGGCUUUUGCGGGACUGGAUGCAGCGGGAUGCAAAUCCAACCGAACCUACGCACUAUCGAAGGCGUAUUGUUCGAUGCGCUAGUCCGCGCUGGCGCCGUGUCUCAAGAUAAUGCAGAUGACCCCGUCAAGGUGGGCCUUGGGCGCGCAGCAAGAACAGAUGCAGGCGUGCAUGCAGCAGGCAAUCUGGUCUCCAUGAAACUGAUCACGACGAUUCCUGGAAUAAAGGACUGGAUCGGACACGUCAAUUCCUUCCUCCCACCAGAGAUUCGCGUCUGGGGAAAGGUUCGCGUGCAAAAUUCCUUCAACGCACGAACUUCCUGUGACAGCCGGAAAUACACCUAUUUCUUCCCUACAUACCUCUUAAUCCCACCGAAACCCAAUACCGCUCUCGCUCGUACCCUGCAGUCCAGCGGCCCCUUGUCGACUGCACAAGACGCGUCCACCGAGCCAUCACCAUCCAAUAGACCCCACGUGUUCUGGGACAUUCCCAACGCCGAGUCGACGACACCCGAAGAAGACCUUAAAUUUGAGGGGACACAUAACUUCCACAAUCUUACCGUCGGCCGAGAAUACGGUGAUCGCAGUAAUCAGCGGCAUAUGAUUAGGAUAGAGGUAUCAGAUCCAGCAGUUUAUGGUGACACGGAAUGGAUUAGCGUUUUGUUCCAUGGCCAAAGCUUCAUGCUUCACCAGCGUAAAAUGAUGUCCGCUCUCGUCCUCUCAUGUCGUACCGGAACACCCAGUCGAAUCAUUGAUGAGCUAUACGGUCCUCGUAUGGUCAUGGUCCCUAAGAUGCCUGCACUUGGUUUGCUCCUUGAGUAUCCCAUUUUCGAAACAUACAACAAGCGCAUAUCCGCCAACAACGAGAAACUCGACGACCCUUCGGAUGCGGACUAUCGACCCGAAAUCGAUUUUGAGGUACACAGGAAGGAAAUAGACGAUUUCAAACAAAAGUAUAUCUACGACAACAUGCGGAAUACGGAGGACCAGUGUGGAAUAUUCGACGCCUGGAUCCGAUACGUGGACAGUUACGAAGGUAACGAUUUGACGUAUCUGAACCAGAGAGGCAUCAUCCCCUCCACCGCCGUCAUCAAGAAGGGUAUCAAGAGACCGAGGCCUUUCAAGGAGAAGAAGCGGUUCGACAUCACCAGUUUGGCGGAUAUCAAGCAAGAAGGUGCCUUAAUAAUUGGGGACGAAGCAGCCGACGAAGAGAAUGAGGAAGAGGGGCUUAGUAAGGGCAAGCUGGACGAGAUGGAGGGAUGAAAGUUACGGAUAGGAUUAAUGAAACAGCUACAUUUAUACAUCAUAUGAUUUUUGUGAAAACAAGAUAGGGAAUAAAGAGAGAAAGAGAUGACCGAGUCAAGUCUGGAACUUGCGAAGCGUUUGGAUUUCAUCCAAGAGCGUCUGUAAUCGGUCGUCGUCGAUUUUGACGAGACUGGAAAAGCAAAAGAAAAAAACGCAUAUAAGCAUAUGAAUGGUUGGUUGUUUGAAGGGGCUGGGGAAAUUGACAAUAUCAUAUAUCAUAAGAACAAAACCCACACACCUCGGUACAAUACUCUUAGCUUCUUCUGCCGUAGCAGGACAUAGGUUUGCAAUUUGAGCAGUUUCGAACUGUGUGAGCGCCGGUUCCCUACGGAGAGUC